AAAAAGGAGGGGAGUGUGGUGAAUCGGUGUUUCGUCGUUUAUGGGGGGAUGCGUUUGUAUAUAGUGGAUGUAUAUUUUUUUGUAUGGAUUUCUUACCUUUGCCAUGCGUAACUGCAAUACAUGGAAAAAAAAGCCCGAAUAAUUUUGUUUUUGUAACAGUCUGUUUACGAACGGAGCAGCUUGCACAUUUAUAGCCAUAUUAAUAUAGCCAUAAAAAUCGCUGUAAAGAUGCAUAUUUUGACCAAAUAACCCGACAUUGGGCUUUCCCUGGCGGAUCCACCCCGGAGGACGUACUGUUAUCUUGACUGGGCGCAUCGAAACUAAUAAUAUGGAGAUGGCACGACUAUUGUUUCUGAUUGUUCUCUAUGCUCUUCCAUCUCUCGUUGUGCCCAUACAUAAUUCAUCAACUGGAGGCUGCGCGAUCAUCCGGCCUCCCAGGGAUGGAGGGAUCCGUUACAGAGGCCUGACACAAGAACAGAUCCGCAGUGUGCAGAUCCUCCCUGUGGAUUAUGAGAUAGAGUACAUCUGCAGAGGAAACCGGGUGAUCGUAGGACCCAAGGUCAGGAAGUGCUUACCCAACGGCACAUGGACGGACAUGACGCUGCACAGCAGAUGUUUGCUGCUGUGCCCGCGGGUGUGGACCUCUCUGGAGAACGGCCGCGUGACGGUGAAGCCCCCUGGGCCGCCAGUGGAGGGGACAGUGCUCCACUACAGCUGCCACGCCGGCUUCAUCCUGGAGGGCAGAAACAUCAGCCAUUGCACUAAACUGGGCAAGUGGGAUGCGCCUAAACCCACCUGCCUCUAUGACAGAAACUACACAGGCAAGAAGAAGCUGUACAUCGGAGCGCUGUUCCCCAUGAGCGGAGGCUGGCCCGGGGGUCAGGCAUGCAUGCCCUCCGCUCAGAUGGCUCUGGACCUGGUGAACAACAGGAGCGACAUCCUGCCGGACUACGAGCUGGAGCUCAUCCACUACGACAGCAUGUGUGACCCGGGAGAAGCCACCAAGUUGCUGUAUGACCUUCUGUACACCGAGCCCAUCAAGAUCGUCCUGAUGCCGGGCUGCAGCGGCGUCUCCACGCUGGUGGCGGAAGCUGCUCGCAUGUGGAACCUCAUAGUGCUGUCCUACGGCUCCAGCUCGCCAGCCCUUUCCAACCGCCAGCGCUUCCCCACCUUCUUCCGCACGCACCCAUCGGCCACCCUUCACAACCCCACCAGGGUGCAGCUCUUCCAAAAGUGGAAGUGGACCCGCAUCGCCACCAUCCAGCAGACCACCGAAGUCUUCACCUCAACGCUGGACGAUCUGGAGCAGAGGACGAAGGAGGCAGGCAUCGAGAUCAGCGUCCGCCAGAGUUUCCUCACCGACCCGGCUGUCGCUGUCAAGAACCUCAAGCGCCAGGAUGCAAGGAUCAUUGUGGGGCUCUUUUAUGAGACCGAAGCCAGGAAGGUGUUUUGUGAGGUGUUCAAGGAGAAGCUCUACGGGAAGAAGUAUGUGUGGUUCCUCAUCGGCUGGUACGCAGACAACUGGUUCAAGAUCAAAGACCCAGCCAUCAACUGUACGGUGGAGAACAUGACGGAGGCUGUGGAGGGACACGUGACCACUGAGAUAGUCAUGCUGAAUCCUGAGACGGUCCGCGGCAUCUCCAACAUGACAUCGCAGGAGUUUAUCGCCGCUCUGAUGUCGCGUCUGGGCGGAAUGAACCCUGAAGAGACCGGCGGGUUUCAGGAGGCCCCUCUAGCCUACGAUGCAGUGUGGGCUCUGGCCCUCGCCCUCAACAAGACCGUGGCACCGCUGAAGGCUAAGGGCCGACGACUUGAGGAUUUUAACUACAACAACCAUGACAUCACCUCUGAGAUCUACAGGGCGCUCAACACAAGCUCCUUUGAAGGUGUUUCGGGCCAAGUGGUGUUUGACGCCCAGGGUUCCAGGAUGGCAAUGACGCUUAUCGAGCAACUGCAAGGAGGCAGUUACAAGAAGAUCGGUUACUAUGACAGCUCUCAGAAGAACCUCUCCUGGUUUGGCAACGAUGUUUGGAUAGGAGCUGGACCUCCGGCUGAUCGGACGGUAGUGAUCGAAGAGUACAGGUUCUUAUCCCAAAAGCUGUUUGCAGCUGUGUCCGUCUUCGCUGGCCUCGGCAUCCUGCUCGGCAUCGUCUGUCUGACCUUCAACAUCUACAACGGCAACGUCCGCUACAUCCAGAACUCUCAGCCGUACCUGAACAACAUGACAGCGGUGGGCUGCAUGAUGGCUCUGGCUGCAGUGUUCCCGCUGGGGAUUGACGGUCACCACGUCCACAGAUCUCAGUUCCCUGUUGUCUGCCAGUUCCGCCUGUGGCUCCUCGGCCUCGGCUUCAGCCUGGCGUACGGCAGCAUGUUCACCAAGAUCUGGUGGGUGCACACCCUCUUCACGAAGAAGGACGAAAAGAAGGAGAAGAAGAAGCAACACUUGGAGCCGUGGAAACUCUACGCAACAGUUGGAGUGCUGCUGGCUAUCGACUUCCUGUCACUCAUGAUCUGGCAGAUUGUGGAUCCUCUGCACAUUACGGUGGAGAAGUUCACUAAGGAGUCCCCUAAAGAAGAUUUGGAUGUCCUGAUUCAGCCCUUGCUGGAGCACUGCAGCUCAGAGAAGAUGAACACGUGGCUCGGUGUCGUUUAUGGCUACAAGGGUCUGCUGCUGCUGCUGGGAAUAUUUCUGGCUUACGAGACCAAGUCUGUCUCCACAGAAAAGAUCAAUGACCAUCGGGCCGUGGGGAUGGCUAUUUACAACGUUGCUGUGUUGUGCCUGAUCACGGCUCCAGUGACCAUGAUCCUGUCCUCGCAGCAGGACGCCUCUUUUGCCUUUGCCGCUCUAGCAAUCGUCUUCUCUGCCUACAUCACUCUGGUGGUGCUUUUUGUACCCAAGAUGCGGCGUCUUAUCACGCGUGGCGAGUGGCAGUCGGAGCAGCAGGACACUCUGAAGACCGGCUCUUCCACCAACAACAACGACGAGGAGAAAUCCCGGCAGCUGGAGAGAGAGAACAGGGAGCUGCAGAAGAUCAUCCAGGAGAAAGAAGAGAGGGUAUCGGCGCUCCGCAACCAGCUGGCUGAGCGACAGGCUCUACGCAACCGCCGCCGACCCUCCUCAGGCCAGAAUCAGAACCACAACGCCCCGCCGCCCUCCUCCCAGCCAGAUCCCAAGUCUCUGCUUCCCCCGCCCGGCUACCCCAACCCCACCACGGACAAUCACUCGCUCCCGCCUUCCUUCUCCAACUCGUCCAACCUCUACCCGGCCGACAGCAAGAUGAGCCGCAACCACUGUCACAACAGCCAGAUCCCGCUGCUGUAUAAGUAGGCGAGGCUCUGGGGGAGAAGGUGGAGGAAGGGAGGUGAGGGAGACAGUCGCACAGUGCACACACACACACACAUACACACACACACACACACACACACAGGGGACACAAAACACAACGAAACACUGUGGCUUUCACUUGUUUCGGCGAUGAGCACAGCGGUGUUGUGACACUGUUUUAAAAAUACGGCGUGGAAGCACAAGUAAGCCCACAGGAGUGCUUUACACUCGGCAGCUUCGGGGGAGAGUCACGCAGGUAACACCCGUCCUCACAGGUUUGAUCUCACUGUGUUCAACCCAGCAAACGAGGCACUUGUGACUGGUCAGACUAGCAGCACUCGAGGUCUUUUUUUUCCGAGCGAACGGAUCGAUCUGUUAAUCAUUCCUCUCCCUCAUUCGUUAUCUCGUUCUGUUGUGGAGACGCGGCAUCGAGGAUCUUAAAAAGGAAACGUUUUGUGUUUGUGUCUUUGCUAUAUCGUCUCCACCGUUUGUCUGUCGAGUUUGUUGACUAGGCAAGCACAUACCGUAGUGAUUUAUAUUGUUCUGUAGUAUCUGAUCUGUUUUGUCAUGGAGUUGUUGUUAAAUUAUUUGUUGACUUUUCAGGAGAGUCCUGAAAAGCUGAAAGGGACAAAGCAAUGUACAGUUUUUUCCCCAAUGUUUCCUCUGAAGAGCUGGACCAGGUGGAAUACAGGUGUCACUGAAAAGUGAUAACGUACAUUAUUAAAUAGCCAUAACUUAGAAGGGCCCAGAAGCUUGGCAUGUUGUCAGGACUGUGUAUUCGAAUACAAAACUGCAUCUUAAACAGGGUUCGUACGGUCACGAAAUACCUGGAAAUGUCAUUGAAUUUUCAAAUAGCGAUUUUCAGGCCUCGAAAAGUUUUAG